AUGGGUCUGCCAGAACUGUCGUCGCAGCCUUGCAUCGUCGGCGUCGACUCUUACGCCGACAAAUUCUUGAACACCGAUUCCUCUUUCUCCUCCGCCUCUCGCUCCGGUGUGCAGGGUUAUUCAGUCCAUGGGGCUAGUAAUAUGUUAGGUUCAACACGUAUGGACCAUUCUUUUGUUGAGUUGCCAAAGCAAAGAAAUCUGCCACCAAGAGUCCCUCCUCGGCCUCGUGGUGGAGGUAUUCCCCUGGACACAAAUCAGCCUGGGAAGACAAUGGAAGAAUCAUUUGUGGUGUUGCCUCCACCUGCAGCUUCUGUAUACAAUUGCGAAUCUACAUCCGAUGGAGGUGGAACCCAAUUUCAGUCACCUGAGGGUGGACCUACUUUUGCUCCUUUGCAGCCAAACAAUUCCGGUUUUCAUUCCACCAUAACUGUCCUGAAGCGUGCAUUUGAUAUUGCAACUGCCCAGACACAGGUUGAGCAACCCUUGUGCCUUGAGUGCAUGAGGGUUUUAUCUGACAACCUUGAUAAGGAGGUUGAAGAGGUAAGUAGGGACAUAAAAGCAUAUGAAGACUGCCUUCAACGGAUGGAGGGGGAAACACGAAGUGUCCUUAGCGAGGCUGAUUUCCUCAAAGAAAAAAUAAAUAUAGAAGAAGAAGAACAGAAACUUGAAGCAGCAAUUAAGGAAACAGAGAAACAAUGUGUGGAAGUAACUGCUGAAUUGAAGGAACUGGAGUUGAAAUCUAGUCGAUUUACAGAGCUGGAGGAGCGGUAUUGGCAUGAAUUCAAUAAUUUUCAUUUUCAAUUAAUUUCGCAUCAGGAAGAGAGGGAUGCAAUUUUGGCAAAAAUUGAAGUUUCACAAGCACAUUUAGAGUUGUUGAAGCGCACCAAUGUGCUCAAUGAUGCUUUCCCCAUCUGGUAUGAUGGAGAAUUUGGAACAAUUAUCAACUUUCGGCUGGGAAGACUUCCAAAAAUUCCGGUUGAGUGGGACGAGAUGAAUGCUGCGUGGGGCCAAGCUUGCCUUCUUCUCCAUACAAUGGCUCAAUAUUUUCUGCCGAAGUUCCAAUAUCGGAUAAAAAUUCUUCCUAUGGGUAGUUAUCCUCGAAUUAUGGACACCAGCAAUAAUACUUAUGAACUAUUUGGUCCGGUGAACCUUUUUUGGAGCACGCGUUACGACAAAGCAAUGACGCUGUUUUUGACUUGCUUAAAGGAGUUUGCAGAGUUUGCAAAUUCUAAGGAUAAGGAAAACAACAUACCACCUGAGAAAUGUUUCAAGCUGCCGUACAAAAUUGAGAAUGAUAGAGUGGAAAACUAUUCGAUCACACAGAGCUGCAACAAACAGGAGAAUUGGACGAAAGCUCUCAAGUACACACUCUGCAAUUUGAAAUGGGCUCUCUACUGGUUUGUUGGGAAUACCAAUUUCCAGCCUCUGUCUACGACAGUCUCCUCUUCGCAAGCUGAAGUUCCAGCUUUGGGCUCUUUGUACACAAAACGCACUGUUGAUUUAAAAUGUGAAUGCUGA